AUGAGUUCCAGCGGGGGAGAUGCGAAGCUGUUCGCUAGGGUACGUCGAGUCUCUUAUCUAGGGUCCCUUUUCUUCCCCUCUCGUCCCUCGUCCUUCCCCUCAUACCGAUCGAUCGUCUCCUUGCGUCUUGUGAUACCCUGCGACUCCCGUUUGGCUUCCUUUGUCGUUCGCCGUCGUCUCCGAUCGUACCUCCUGUCCCCUCCAUCCACCCCAUUUCCUGACCACCACUAUCCUCCAUGUUCAUCAGCGUCGCCCCGUAUGCGGCUCAUGGCUUACAAGUCUCUCGGUCUCGACAGGGGAAAGUCGCCGAGUUGCGACAGGAACUCAACAGCGGCGGCAAGAAGGACAAGAACUUCUCCGCGAAGAAGAUCGCCCUGAAGAAAAUCGUCGCGAACAUGACCAUGAGCAACAACGAUAUGGUCGGCCUGUUUCCCGAUGUGAUCGGAUGCAUGAACCUCCCGAGCUUGGAAAUCAAGAAGAUGUGCUUCUUGUUCUUGGUGAACUAUUCGAGGAUGAAGCCGGAAAUCGCACUGAAGGCGCUGCCCAUUUUGGUUAAUGACAUGGAGGACUCGAACCCUCUUGUACGAGCUCUCGCGCUGCGCACGAUCUCUUACGUCCAUGUGCGCGAAUACGUCGAGGCGACAAUCCAGCCGGUCAAACGGUUAAUGGGGGACAUGGAUCCUUACGUUCGCAAAACCGCGGCGUUCUGCGUCGCCAAGCUCUAUGAACACGAUAAGAAGAUGAUCGAAGCCUCCGACCUGAUCGAUCGACUGAAUCAGAUGCUGAAGGAUGAGAACCCGACGGUUGUUUCCAGCGUCCUUGCUUCCCUGGUGGACAUCUGGGGCCGCAGUGAAACCAUUUCUCUAACCAUCGAUUACACGAGCGCCUCGAAAUUGGUGUCGAUCUUACCGGAUUGCUCUGAAUGGGGGCAGUCGUACAUUCUCGAGGCUCUCAUGUCAUACGUUCCGCAAGAUUCGGCAGAGUCGCUUUUGCUCGCAGAACGAAUCGCUCCCCGUCUUUCUCACUCCAACUCCGCCGUCGUCCUCACUUCGAUCCGUGUCAUCCUUUACCUCAUGAACUACAUUGCCGACGAGCGACACGUUACCUCGCUAUCGAAAAAGCUAUCACCUCCGCUAGUUACUCUGCUAUCGAAACCCCCGGAGGUUCAAUAUCUGGCACUUCGGAAUGCCAUCCUCAUCCUUCAGAAGCGACCCGAAGUCCUACGGAACGAUAUCCGGGUGUUUUUCUGCAAAUACAACGAUCCUAUCUACGUGAAGGUGACCAAGCUGGAACUCAUCUUCAUGCUGACCACGAAGGAGAACAUCUCCGUCGUUCUGGCCGAAUUGCGAGAAUACGCCACCGAAAUCGACGUACAUUUCGUGCGCAAGGCCGUCCGUGCCAUUGGGAAACUCGCCAUCAAGAUCGAGUCCGCGGCGCGGCAAUGCAUCGACACGCUGCUUGACCUGGUCAACGCCAAAAUCCCCUACAUCGUGCAGGAAGCCACGGUGGUGAUCCGCAACAUCUUCCGCAAGUACCCCAACCAAUACGAGAGCAUCAUCGGCCAGGUGAUCCAGAACAUCGACGAGCUGGACGAGCCCGAGGCCAAGGCCGCCAUCAUCUGGAUCAUCGGCCAGUACGCCGACCGCAUCGAGAACUCCGACGGCCUGCUGCAGGACUACCUGGCCACCUUCCACGACGAGACCGUCGAGGUCCAGCUGGCGCUGCUGACCGCCACCGUGAAGUUCUUCAUCCAGCGGCCCACCAAGGGCCAGCAGCUCGUGCCGCAGGUCCUGAAAUGGUGCACUGAGGAGACCGACGACCCGGACCUCCGCGACCGCGGAUACAUGUACUGGCGGCUGCUGUCCAGCGACCCGACCACCGCGCGCCAGGUCGUCAUGGGCCAGAAGCCGCCCAUCAGCGCCGAGAGCGAGAAGCUCGACUCGCGCACCCUCGAGGAGCUCUGCCUAAACGUCGGCACCCUCGCCACCGUCUACCUGAAGCCCGUGCAGCAGGUGUUCCGCUCCGCCCGCACCCGCCGCCUCCAGUACAGCCCGGCGCUGCAGAAGCCGCGCGACGAAGCCGGCAGCAGCGUCUGGCAGUUCCCGGCGCCCUCGGCCGUUGCUGGUGCUGGGGCUGCCGUUUCUGCCGCUGCUGCCUCUGCCUCGGGCAACGGCACGCCCACCUCGCCGACGAACGGCUCCGACCUGGCGCCGCCGCCGCCAGCCGACAUGAACGCGGCGGUCAACGCGGCCGACAACUACUUCAACAACGUGGGCACCCAGCAGAUGGCGGCGCUGGAUCUGGGCGGCCGGGGUGACGGCGGUGCCGGCGGCGGCGGCGCGUCGCAGAUGCAGUAUGUCGUGAAUCAGAACCAGCAGUCAGUGUAUCAGCCUCAAUUGGCGGGUGGAGCGGCUACCGGGGAGCUGUUGCUACUGUAAUGGUGUUUUGUUGCUUGCUACCGCUACCCACUGCUGUUGUAUAGAUUCUUUUUAUGUCAUUUUCUCAGCUCUGCAGACGGAGGAGUCCCUAUUGUUUGGACCAUACAUGAGCGGUACUCCUUUCAUCGCAGGAAUUUGUGAUACCUCAUUUUUAUGUUCAACUUAUUCAGAUCACUUGCCUUUUUUACUGUACUGUAUUUAAUGCAUUAUAGUUUCAUGUUAUAUAAAGGAGUUAUAAUAGAAUGGUCAUGGCG